AUGUUUGCGUUGCAAAAACAGAACUACGGCGUCGCCAAAGGCAUUCCCUCGCUAGUUGUUUGUGCAGCAAGCUUGGACGAUGUAGUGGCGAUUAGUGGGUUCACUACCAGUCUGGGCUUAGCAAUGAGCACUUUAGAAGGCGACACUGCGCACAGGAGGUCACUAGAAGGAGUGAGCACGUUAGAAGGAAGUCGAGAAGCAGCGUCAGUGGUUGGUGCGUCGUGGAAUGGGCGAUCUGAGGAUCAUAGGUUCUUGAUAUCAGGGACUUCGCCAGUGGUUGGUGCGUCGUGGAAUGGGCGA